AUGUCAGAGGAAAGGGAAUUAGUAAAGAAACGCGGAAGCUAUAAAGGGCGUCUAACUGCAUUUGUGAAUUACCUCGAUGCUAUUGAUGAAAAUAUAUUAACAAGUUGUGAUAUUACAGAACUGCAGUUACGCAUUGGUAAAAUUGAAGCAUUGUACGACCAAUAUGAUGAGGUACAGUUACGUUUGGAAUGUAUCGUAGAUGAUGUCAAGGCACAAUUUGCUGAGCGGUCAGAUUUUGAGUCAUUAUAUUAUAAAUCUGUUUCUAGGUCACAAAAUUUAUUAAGUAAAUUCAAUAAAGAUAAUCAUUCUGUCAAUAGUGAUAAAAGUACUCGUGCUAGUAAUUUUAAACCUGUAAAACUACCCACAAUUCAGCUACCCCGGUUCAAUGGCUCUUAUAGCCAUUGGUUAGAGUUCCGCGACACCUUCAUGAGUCUCAUUCACACUAACGAUGAAAUUGAUGAAAUUAAUAAGUUUCACUACUUACGUGCAUCCUUGGAGGAAUCUGCUGCUGUGGUCAUUCAGUCAAUAGAGUUUUCAGCCAGUAAUUAUCCUGUGGUGUGGAAAUUACUGUGCGAUCGUUUCGACAAUAAACGACUGUUAAUUCAAAAUCAUGUGUCAGCGUUAUUCAACAUAGAAACAAUUUCGAAGGAAUCAUCUACUGCACUCAAAGGUUUGAUUGAUCAAUUAAAUAAAAAUUUACGUGCCUUAGAAACUCUGGGCGAACCAAUCAAACAAUGGGACACACUGUUAGUGUACAUUGUGACCCGAAAACUCGAUCAAAAAACAUUUCGCGAAUGGGAAGAGUAUAAAGGCCGCAUAGACAAAGAUUAUACGAUUACAUUUGACGUAUUUGUUCAAUUCUUACGUAACCGCGCAGAUCUACUCGAAACAUUGGAAGUGUCGCGUAUUAAUAUAUCCCAUGCUAGUGCAAAGCCUGUAUCCAAAAUAAAGGCUAUGAUGACGCAGUGUACUAGUUCUAGCACACCAUCGAAUUCAAAAAAUUGUCCACAGUGUAAAGGGGAUCAUAACUUAAAUUCCUGCCCAAAAUUCUUAGCAUUAAGUGUUGAUGCUCGUAUUAAAAUAUUGCCAAGUUUCAAAAUAUGUUUUAAUUGUUUUCGAUCAGGUCAUUUUGCUAAUUAUUGUAAAAAACCAGGGUGCAAAAUAUGUAAACGUAGACAUAAUGUACUGAUCCACAUGUCGGAACCAAAGGGUCUUAUCACUAAUCCCAAUGGAGAUAACUCAUCUCCAUCGUCCGCAUCCGUGCCAGUUAGUAACCUUAAUAGUGAACUAAAUAACCUUACUUUAUCUGCAAAGGUUUCAGCUUCUUACGGUAUUCCUCAAAAUGUUUCUGUAGUUUUAUCAACCGCUUUAGUCAAGGUCUACGAUAAACAUAAUCGUGCAUUUGUUGUGCGCGCAAUUCUUGACAGCGGAAGCACAGCAUCAUUUGUUUCUGAAAGACUAUGCAAACGGCUAAAUUUAGAAACAAAUGAAGUGGAUGGAUCAGUAUGUGGCAUAAAUAACGUGACUUCACACGUAGGUAAGAUGUGUCAAAUUCAAAUGACGUCAUUAAACAAUACUUAUGCUACAAAGCUUUAUUGUUUCAUUUUGCCGUUAAUAUCUAGUGAUGUACCAUGUCAAAAGUUAGAUAUAUCUGAUCUCAAUAUUCCUCAUACCCUCAGUUUAGCUGAUCCAACGUUCCAUGAACCUUCUAAGGUAGAUAUUUUGAUUGGUGCAGAUAUUUUCUGGGAUUUGUUGGGAUCACAAAUAAUAAAAUUGGGUCUUGGAAUGCCAGUCCUAUGUGAAACUAGAUUAGGUUGGAUUAUUUCUGGUCCUGUCACUUAUAAUCAUGUCAAAUUUCAGCGGACUAAUAUAAAAUGCAACUUUACUCAUAUCGUUUCACCUCAUAAAGAGAGUUUGGAUAAAUUACGUACAGAUUUAAUGCGCUUUUGGCAACUGGAAGAAACAGCUUUACAGUCUACCAACUAUUUGCCAGAAGAAAAAUUAUGUGAGGAACAUUUUGUCAAGAAUGUGACACGAUUAAGCAAUGGACGUUUCUGUGUCCGUAUACCACUGAAACACAAUCCUUCCGUUCUGGGAGAAUCAUUUCAGAGAGCUACACACUGUCUUUAUGCUGUGGAGCGUAAACUAAGAAUUAAGCCUGAUUUUGGCAAAUUAUAUCAUGAAUUUAUGAACGAAUACAAGAUGUUACAUCAUAUGACUGAAGUUAAGGGAGUCGAUAAUACUAAAAGUUAUUUCAUACCACAUCACGGUAUAUUACGUGAAGGUAGUACGACUACAAAACUUCGUGUGGUUUUUAAUGCGAGUUCCCCCACUUCAUCAGGAGUGUCUCUAAAUUGUAUUCAGAUGGUAGGUCCCACAGUCCAGGAUGACCUAUUGUCUAUACUUCUACGAUUUAGACUGCAUAAAUAUGUUUUAUCUGCAGAUGUGGAGAAGAUGUAUAGACAAAUAAUGGUUCAUCCAUCUGAUAGAUGUUUCCAGCAAAUACUCUGGCGAUCGAGUCCAACCGAACCCAUAAAAACUUAUCAAUUGAAUACAGUCACAUACGGUACAGCAAGUGCACCAUUUCUUGCAACGCGAUGUCUUAAAGAAAUAGCUUCGGAGUGCAAGAACAAGAAAAUCUCAGAGAUUAUUGAACACGAUUUUUAUGUCGAUGACUUGUUGACCGGAGCGGACACUUUAAAUGAGAUUAAGUCUAUACGUACCGAGGUUACCGAAGCUCUUGCAUCGGCAUGUAUGCCUUUGAGAAAGUGGAAAUCAAAUGAACCCGGUUUAGUAUCGGAUGAGUUGCAAACAUCUUUAGACUUAAAUAUAGGAUCUCAUGAAUCUAAUAAGUUAUUAGGUGUUGAUUGGUUUGCCGCUACCGAUGAAUUAGGUUUUGUAAUUAGCUCUGUACCUCUAAUUGGUCGCACUAAACGUGAUUUGCUUUCGGCAAUAGCACGCAUUUUCGACCCUCUAGGUAUUCUAUCCCCUUGUAUAGUGACAAUGAAAAUGUUGCUACAGAAAUUGUGGCUAGAUAAUGUAACAUGGGAUGAACCAUUAACCACGGAGUUAAAUACCACUUGGACUGCAAUUGCUGAGGCUUUGCCUCUAUUAAAUAAUUUUCGCAUUCCACGUCUUGUAGUUUGUGAUUCGUAUAAAUCGCUAGAGUUACAUGUAUUCACUGAUGCAUCUGAGCGUGCAUAUGGUGCGUGCGUUUAUGUGCGUAGCAUCAAUGAUAACGGAGAGUGCACGGUAGGUUUAUUGACGGCUAAAAGUCGUGUAGCGCCGAUUAAGCCUACAACAAUCCCACGACUGGAAUUGUGUGGUGCCUUGGUCGGUGCACGGUUAUAUGAGAAGGUUUCAAAGUCCCUUCGGGUACAUGUGAAUCAUGUUUAUUGUUGGACUGAUUCCACUAUAGUGUUGGGAUGGUUACAAAUGCUACCUUCUAAGCUUCAGCCAUUUGUACGCAACCGCGUUGCUGAAAUUUUAGAUAAGGCUGGUAAUUGUAUAUGGAGACACGUCCCAACAGACAAAAAUCCAGCAGACCUUAUAUCCCGUGGAGUGGAUAUAGGGAGUCUGCAACAUAAAAGCUUGUGGUGGAAUGGUCCAGACUUUUUAGUGGAGACUCAAUCUAGCUGGCCCUCUAAUAUCAAAGGUCCACAACUAUUGUUAGCUACAAUCAGAGAAUCGUACUGGCCCAUUGGUGGCCGUAAUUUAGCUAAAAUUUGCUAUCACAAAUGUGUACGUUGCAAUCGGAUGAAAGGAAAGAUUGCAACACCACUGAUGGGGAAUUUACCUCAACAGCGCCUUCUUCCAGGUUAUCCGUUUGAAUGUGUCGGCGUUGACUAUGCCGGGCCAAUAAUGAGCGCUAGUCGUCAGGGUCGUGGUUGUAGACUUAUGAAGGUGUAUAUAGCAAUAUUCGUUUGUUUUACCACUAAGGCUAUCCACUUGGAGCUCGUAGGAGAUCUCACUAGUAAUAAGUAUUUAAUGGCCUUAUACAGAUUUAUAUCGCGACGUGGAAAGCCUGUUCAUAUAUACUCUGAUAAUGGUACCUCAUUUGUUGGUGCGUAUAACGAGAUAUCGAAAUUUUUAAAGGCAAAUUGUGAUGCCUUGUCUGAUACUGUAGUUAGUCAGGGAAUAAAUUUUCAUUUUAUUCCCGCGUAUACACCUCACUUUGGCGGACUCUGGGAGGCGGGCGUCAAAUCGACCAAGUACCACCUUCAGCGAGUGUUGGGAAAUUGUAACUUGACGUUUGAAGAACUUAACACCACUUUAACUCAAAUUGAAGCAAUAUUGAAUUCCCGUCCACUGACACCAUUGUCAACUGAUCCUGCUGACUAUACACCGCUGACUCCUGGGCAUUUUAUUAUUGGUCGACCUCUCAUCUCAUUACCACAACCAGACUUGCGCCAAUCGACAACAAGCAACUUAAGUCGUUUUGCACGCAUAGAGCAGCUUCGUCAACACUUUUGGAGCAGAUGGAGUAAAGAAUUUGUUGCCGAAUUGCAGCAGCGUACCAAGUGGCAGUCAGGCAAAUCGGAACUAUACUUCAAAUCUACUGAGAUGAGAGGUACUGAAAGCUUGAUACAUUAG